UCAAUGUCAAGCCUCUAGUGGUUCGCGAUGAUCUAUGGCCUUACAAUGCCAGAGUGCGCGCGCGCAUUUCAACCGCGAUAGUCACAUGUCCUCAAGCAACUUAAACUCAGUGCUAUUAAGAAAAAAAAUACGCAAAUGAAAAAGAAAAAAAUACUUGCUCCGGAAUUAAUUUAAAAAAAUAACACUGGCUGAAUAAAAAAUUAAUAUAAAGCAGUUAAUCACACAGCACUGAAAUGAAACCAAGAUGGAGUCAAAUUCUGUCAAAGAUGUUCAUAAUUCCCCAGCGGUAUGUUCUGGGCAUCAUGGGACUACUGGCUGUCUGCAACGCCUAUACUAUGCGGGUUUGCCUCAACCUGGCCGUCACUCAGAUGGUCAACAACACGAGGCUGGAAGAAGAGCAUUUCGACCCGAACGCCUGCCCCGAUGAUAGCGAAAUCCUUAUCAAUGGAACUUCUCCUUCUAGGCCGCACGCAAUUUUCGAUUGGUCCGAAUCAACUCAGGGGCUCAUUCUCAGCGGGUUCUAUUACGGGUACGCUAUUACCCACGUCCCUGGAGGGUACUUAGCUGAAAAAUAUGGCGGUAAAUGGACAUUGGGCAUUGGUUUGCUGAGUACUGCAGUUUUUACACUGCUAACACCCAUAGUGGUCACUGCAGGUGGAGCAACAUGGCUCUUUAUAUUGAGAGUUUUGCAAGGAAUGGGUGAGGGUCCCACAAUGCCCGCUCUGAUGAUAGUUCUGGCCCGAUGGGUGCCUCCUCACGAAAGAUCCAGACAGGGUGCACUCGUGUUCGGCGGAGCCCAAAUCGGGAACAUCUUCGGCUCAUUCAUGUCUGGGUUUCUGAUGGCCGGUGAUGGUCAUUGGGCCAAUGUGUUUUAUUUCUUCGGAUGCUUUGGCAUCUUAUGGUUCGUAUUUUGGAGUCUGCUAUGCUACAGCACACCGAACACCCACCCAUACAUAUCUGACGAUGAGUUGAAGUAUCUAAAUGAAACAGUAACUAGUGCUGACAAAAACACUGUCAGAGACCCAGUACCUUGGAAGGCUAUAGUGAGGUCGGUCCCUGUUUGGGCAUUACUAUUUGCUGCAAUUGGUCAUGACUGGGGCUACUACACAAUGGUAACAGAUCUACCAAAAUAUAUGACCGAUGUACUGAAAUUCAAUAUUGCCACGACUGGAACUCUUACAGCCAUCCCUUACCUUGCCAUGUGGGUUAGCUCCUUCAUAUUCGGAUGGGCGUGUGAUCUUUGUGUCACUAGGAAGUGGCACUCGAUUAAGACCGGCAGAAUUAUACAUACCACUAUAGCUGCCACCGGCCCUGCCAUUUGUAUCAUAUUGGCUUCGUACGCGGGGUGUGAUCGUUUUGCGGCGGUGGGUUAUUUUAUAGCUUCGAUGGCUCUUAUGGGAGGUUUCUACAGUGGGAUGAAGGUAAAUGCAUUGGACCUGGCGCCGAACUAUGCCGGAUCACUCACAGCUAUGAUCAACGGUACUUCAACCCUCUCCGGCAUCAUCACGCCUUAUCUGAUAGGUCUUUUAACACCAGAUUCAACAUUAUCGCAGUGGAGAAUAGCUUUCUGGGUGUGCUUCGCAGUACUAGUCGGCACCAACGUCAUAUACUGCAUCUGGGCUGAUGGUAAGCAGCAAUGGUGGGACGACGUGCGGCAGUACGGCUACCCUGCUGAUUGGAAGCACGGACCGUUGAAAACAGCGGACGAAGAUGAAGAGAAGAGGAAAGUAGAAAAAAUGGAAGCCAAAUUAUAGAUUAAUAUUUAUUUUUGCAUAGAGAAUACAGCUAGAUAAAUAUAGAAGAGAGAAUAUUGAAGAUUACUAAGAAGUACUAGACCAGUGAGAAGAAUUGAAAAGAAAACAAAUUUUAACAAAUAUCUUUUUUUUAUUUGGUUUUAUAAAUAUGUUGGCCGGAUGUAGAGAACAAUUUUUAUUUAAAACCAUUUUUUAUGUCAAAUCAAAUCAUUUAGAUUUUGAAGUGAUUUAUUUAUGGAUGCACCGAUUGUUGAUGAUUAUUAUGAAAAUAAGAUAUUGAUAAAAUUUUACUUAUUUUUUGUGUUACUAAUUGACUUUUUAUUUUCAAUCAGCUCAAAAAGAUUUAAAAAGAAAGAAGUUCACAAAAUUCAUGAAAAUUUCACGCAAAAUUAUUUUAUAUACUAAUUUAUAUACUACCUGCUUAGUUAAAUAAAAGCAAUCGUAACAUGUUUUGUCAACAAAAAGGUUGUAAGCUGCCAUUUAAAAGUAAGUACAAAAUACAACGACUUAUGUAUAAAUAAAUAAUGCCGAGUGAGAACUACGAACCUAUCUUACUAUUAAAAAUUGUUAGAUGUACAAAGUUGUCAUUACCAAUUAAACUAAUUUUAAACAUUAUAAUAUUUUAUAAGCAGAAAGUGUCUGUACAUAGUGAGUAUUAUAAAUUAUAAGCUUAAUUCUAAUUUCCAGCUUAUUAUAGUUCUAGUUUUAUUAAAACUUUUUACGCAAAGAAAGCGAGAUCCUGAAAACUUUUAAUCAGUAGUAAAUUAUAAAAAUACCUUUGCAUCAUAAGAAAAUGAAAAGGUUAUUUCAUUAUUUAUAUUUAAUAAAUUUGUGUUAUUUUUUA